AUGUUGCGUUUUACGGUUGCGCUGUGCAGCAUUCGCAAAAUGGCUUUAAAGCUCUUCCGCGAUGAGCAAUUACAUAGUGCUAACCUGCAGGGUCUCUCGAUGGCUCAGAAGCGAAAAGUUAUUGAAAAGAAGUUUAAUCAUCUUGGACGGAAUGAGAUGAGAGUUCUGAGACAGCGGGCUCGUGAAAUGCAUGACAAUGUGGUGUUAGCGGCGGGUGCGGGUGCGGGUGCGGGUAAGGGUGAUUUUCAACCAAGACACCCAAAGAUAACCGCAUAUGAACUGUUCUUUAAGGAACAGUCAUCAAACCCAUCCAUAUCUUCCAUUACAUCCCCCAGACUGCGCGAGAAGCGAGUUUUUGCCAUAUUUCAAACAUUACCCGAGAAGACACGAAAACAAUUGGAAGAGAGGGCUGAGCAACUCUCACAAAGCGGUGGGCAACGGAAAAUUUCCCCCGCUGUAAAGGUACCAAAACCAAAGAAGGAAAUACAGACAAAGGCAUCGAAGAAGGCGCCCACCAAACGAACUGCAGCUAAGAAAAAGCAGAAACCUUCUACUUACAGGGCGUUUGUAAAGGAACAAAUGCCUCUCUUAAAGCACCUUCCGCCGGCUGAACGCAUUAAAACCAUCGCAAAGAAGUGGAAGGCACAAAAGGGUGAGAAGAAACCUACCAAACGGACUGGACCAUCUGAGAACAAGGCAGCAGGCAAAAAAUAA